GCUGCGGCCGGUUACCACGUCAGUGAGGUGAGGGGAAGGAGCCGGCUUCCCCCGCCUGGGUCCGGGGCCCAACUCGCCGCGGCCGCCGCCAUCAUCUCCGUGCCGCUGUCCGUCCCGUCGGGGGCCGGGAGCCGCUCGGAGCCGCCGCCGCCCGGUCCUGGGCCGGACAUGAGCAACGGCCGCCGUCCCUGGGACUAGCCCCCGCCAUUUUGGAUCCGGUGACAGGAUCGCCAAGAUGGUGGAUAAGAGCAUUUACAUCAUCCAAGGGGAAAUCAACAUUGUAGUGGGGGCCAUAAAACGAAAUGCGCGAUGGAGUACUCACACCCCACUGGAUGAAGAACGGGACCCUCUGCUGCACAGCUUCAGCCACCUAAAGGAAGUUUUAAAUAAUAUCACAGAGCUCUCCGAGAUCGAGCCCAAUGUCUUUCUUCGCCCCUUCUUGGAGGUGAUCCGCUCGGAGGACACAACCGGUCCCAUCACCGGCCUGGCACUCACCUCUGUGAACAAAUUCCUCUCCUACGCGCUCAUAGACCCUACGCAUGAGGGCACCGCGGAGGGCAUGGAGAACAUGGCAGAUGCCGUCACCCAUGCCCGAUUCGUGGGCACGGAUCCUGCCAGCGACGAGGUUGUCCUGAUGAAAAUCCUGCAGGUUCUCCGGACCUUGCUGCUGACCCCAGUGGGGGCCCACUUGACCAACGAGUCCGUGUGUGAGAUCAUGCAGUCCUGCUUCCGGAUCUGCUUCGAGAUGCGACUCAGCGAGUUAUUGAGAAAAUCCGCAGAGCACACUCUUGUCGACAUGGUGCAGCUGCUCUUCACAAGGUUACCUCAGUUUAAGGAAGAGCCCAAGAAUUAUGUGGGGACUAACAUGAAGAAGAUCUCUCCAUGUCUCCUCAGCAAACUGGAACUAAGUAAUGGGGAGCAGCCCAAAGCCUUGAACCAGUUAGAGAGGGUACUGCUCUUUAAGAACCUCAAGCUGAAAAUGCGAGCAGGAGGCAUGAGUGACUCAUCCAAAUGGAAGAAACAGAAGCGAUCCCCCCGGCCCCCACGCCAUGCCACCAAAACCGUGCCAGGAUCUGAGCCUCCCACUCCUAACGGAGCCUCCGUGACCUCCAGCGCCUCGGGUGGUGUGCCCUUCAUCGAAGCCCCCAUGCCCAUCCCUUCUGCGAAUUCGGAAGCUGCCUCCGUGACUGUCAGCCCUUCCACCGACAGCGGCCUGGAACUCUCCUCCCACACCACCUCUAAGGAAGACCUCACCGACCUUGAGCAGGCUGGCUCCCUGGUCCCCGGUGGCACUCUGGGACCAACCAGUGAGCCGGGAUCCCCUGAGCAGCCUGACCCCCAGUCCGAAGGAUCCCGUGUAGAGAAGCCCCAGUCGACAUCAGUGGAAUCAAUCCCAGAGGUGCUAGAGGAGUGCACCACCCCCACCGACCCCUUGGAUUCAGCUUCUGUUCACGACAUGGAUUACGUCAACCCCCGUGGCGUGCGCUUCAUGCAGUCUUCCCAGAAAGAAGGCACAGCCCUGGUCCCCUAUGGUCUUCCUUGCAUCCGAGAGCUCUUCCGCUUUCUCAUCUCUCUCACCAAUCCCCACGAUCGCCACAACUCUGAAGUCAUGAUCCACAUGGGCCUGCAGCUGUUGACUGUGGCCCUUGAGUCAGCCCCCGUGGCUCAGUGCCAAACCUUACUGGGCCUCGUCAAAGAUGAGAUGUGCCGGCACCUGUUCCAGCUUCUGAGUGUAGAGCGCCUGAACCUGUACGCAGCCUCCCUGCGUGUGUGCUUCUUGCUGUUCGAGAGCAUGCGUGAACACCUCAAAUUCCAGAUGGAGAUGUACAUUAAGAAGCUGAUGGAAAUCAUUACUGUGGAGAACCCCAAGAUGCCUUAUGAGAUGAAAGAGAUGGCACUAGAGGCUGUGGUCCAGCUGUGGCGGAUUCCCAGCUUUGUCACCGAGCUCUACAUCAAUUAUGACUGUGACUACUACUGCUCCAACCUCUUUGAGGACCUCACCAAACUUUUGUCCAAGAAUGCCUUUCCUGUUUCUGGGCAGCUGUAUACCACACACCUGCUGUCUCUUGAUGCCUUGCUGACAGUAAUUGACAGCACUGAAGCUCACUGCCAGGCCAAGGUCCUGAACAGCCACAGCCAGCAGGAGAAAAAGGAAGCUGGCAAGCCCGGCCUUGAGGCAAUGGACCCCACCAAAGAAGCCAGCGGUGCGCCAGCAGGCAGUGAGCUGGGGGCCAGCGAUGGGAAGGUGCCCGGAGUGGCUCUGGAUCUCCCAGGGCAGCACUGCCUUGGAAGUGGGAGGAUGGCACCUGAGCCAGGAAAGCAGGGCUGCCCGGAGCUGGAGGACAGCAGUGAUGCAGCUAAUAAGAAGUUUCCCCGGAAGCCUCCUCGCUUUUCCUGCCUCCUGCCAGACCCACAGGAGCUGAUUGAAAUUAAGAGCAAAAAGAAGCUCCUGAUCGCAGGCACAGAGCAGUUCAAUCAGAAACCCAAGAAAGGGAUCCAGUUCCUGCAGGAGAAGAACCUCUUGACCAUUCCCAUGGACAACAAGGAGGUGGCCCAGUGGCUGCGGGAGAAUCCCCGGCUGGACAAGAAGAUGAUCGGGGAGUUUGUGAGUGACCGCAAGAACAUCGACCUGCUGGAGAGCUUUGUGGGCACCUUCAGCUUCCAGGGUCUGCGACUAGACGAAGCUCUCCGCCUCUACCUGGAGGCCUUCCGCUUGCCCGGAGAGGCGCCGGUCAUUCAGCGGCUUCUGGAGGCCUUCACGGAGCACUGGCGGAAGUGUAACGGAUCCCCAUUCGCCAAUAGCGACGCCUGCUUCGCCUUGGCCUACGCCGUCAUCAUGCUCAACACCGACCAGCAUAACCACAAUGUCCGCAAACAGAAUGUGCCCAUGACCCUGGAGGAGUUCCGCAAAAACCUGAAGGGGGUGAAUGGAGGCAAGGACUUUGAGCAGGAUAUCCUGGAGGACAUGUACCAUGCCAUCAAGAACGAUGAGAUCGUGAUGCCCGAGGAGCAGACAGGCCUCGUGCGGGAGAACUACGUGUGGAACGUGCUGUUGCACCGAGGCGCCACCCCCGAGGGGAUCUUCCUUCGGGUGCCCCCUGGCAGCUACGACCUUGAUCUCUUCACCAUGACCUGGGGCCCCACCAUCGCUGCCCUCUCCUAUGUUUUUGACAAGAGCUUGGAGGAGACGAUCAUCCAGAAGGCCAUUUCGGGCUUCAGGAAGUGUGCCAUGAUUUCUGCUCACUACGGCCUGAGCGAUGUAUUUGACAAUCUCAUCAUCUCGCUGUGCAAAUUCACAGCUCUCAGCAGUGAGUCUAUUGAGAACUUGCCCAGCAUGUUUGGGAGCAACCCCAAGGCCCACAUCGCAGCCAAGACUGUGUUCCACCUGGCCCAUCGCCACGGUGACAUCCUGCGGGAGGGCUGGAAGAACAUCAUGGAGGCCAUGCUGCAGCUCUUCCGAGCCCAGCUGCUGCCCAAGGCCAUGGUGGAGGUGGAAGACUUUGUGGAUCCAAACGGCAAGAUCUCUCUGCAGCGGGAGGAGAUGCCAUCCAACCGGGGAGAAUCAACCGUUCUGAGUUUUGUAAGCUGGCUGACCCUGAGUGGUCCCGAGCAGUCCAGCAUGCGGGGCCCGUCCACUGAGAGCCAGGAGGCCAAACGCAUGGCCUUGGACUGCAUCAAGCAAUGCGACCCGGAGAAGAUGAUCACCGAAAGCAAGUUUCUGCAGCUGGAAUCCCUGCAAGAGCUCAUGAAGGCGUUGAUCUCCGUGACCCCGGACGAAGAGACUUAUGACGAAGAGGACUCUGCCUUCUGCCUGGAGAUGCUGCUGAGGAUUGUGCUGGAGAACAGGGACCGUGUCGGCUGUGUGUGGCAGGCAGUGCGCGACCACCUGUACCACCUCUGCGUCCAGGCCCUGGACUUCUGCUUCCUGGUGGAGCGGGCGGUGGUGGGGCUGCUACGGCUGGCCAUCCGGCUGCUGCGGCGGGAGGAGAUCAGUGCCCAGGUGCUCCUGUCCCUGCGCAUCCUGCUGCUGAUGAAGCCAGGGGUGCUGUCACGUGUCAGCCACCAAGUGGCCUUUGGACUGCACGAGCUGCUCAAGACCAAUGCGGCCAACAUCCACUCGGGGGACGACUGGGCCACGCUCUUCACCCUGCUGGAGUGCAUCGGCUCGGGAGUGAAGCCCCCCCCAGCUGCCCUGCAGGCCUCGGCCAGGGCCGACAGUGAUGCCGGUGCUCAGUCAGACAGCGAGCUGUCCUCCUCCUGCCACCCCAGUGACGUCAGCCUGGACCGGGGCUACACCUCAGACUCGGAGGUCUACGCCGACCACAGCAAGCCGGGGAAGAUACACCGCUCGGCGACAGACGCCGACGUGGUCAACAGCGGCUGGCUGGUGGUGGGAAAGGAUGACCUGGAGAGCGCCAAGCCAGGGCCGGGCCCGGGCCGGGCGGGCCCCUCGCCUCUGGUGAACCAGUACAGCCUGACGGUGGGGCUGGACCUGGGCCCCCACGACACCAAGUCCCUGCUUAAGUGCGUGGAGUCGCUGUCCUUCAUCGUGCGGGACGCCGCCCACAUCACCCCCGACAACUUCGAGCUCUGCGUGAAGACCAUCCGCAUCUUCGUGGAGGCCAGCCUCAACGGCGGGUGUAAGUCACAGGAGAAGCGGAGCAAGGGCCACAAGUACGACAGCCGAGCCGGCCGCUUCAGAAAGAAGACCAAGGAGGGCGCGGCCCCCCGGCGUUCGCGCGCCCCCAGCCAGCACGCGGCCCACGGGCACAGCGACGAGGAAGAGGAGGAGGGCGUGCCCGCCAGCUACCACACGGUGUCUUUACAGGUCAGUCAGGACCUCCUGGACCUGAUGCACACUCUGCACACGCGGGCGGCUACCAUCUACAGCUCCUGGGCAGAGGAGCAGCGCCACCUAGAGACCGGCGCCCGCCGGAUCGAGGCCGACUCUCGCACCCUCUGGGCCCACUGCUGGUGCCCACUGCUGCAGGGCAUCGCCUGGCUGUGCUGUGAUGCCCGGAGACAAGUGCGGAUGCAGGCGCUGACCUAUCUGCAGAGGGCGCUGCUGGUGCACGACCUGCAGAAGCUGGACGCCCUGGAGUGGGAGUCUUGCUUCAACAAGGUGCUGUUUCCCCUCCUCACGAAGCUUCUGGAGAACAUCAGCCCCGCAGAUGUCGGUGGCAUGGAGGAGACUCGGAUGAGAGCCUCCACGCUGCUCUCCAAGGUAUUCCUGCAGCACCUGUCCCCGUUGCUGUCGCUCUCCACCUUCGCCGCCCUCUGGCUCACCAUCCUAGACUUCAUGGACAAGUACAUGCAUGCUGGCUCCAGUGACUUACUGGCGGAGGCCAUCCCUGAGUCUCUGAAGAACAUGCUGCUGGUGAUGGACACGGCCGAGAUCUUCCACAGUGCUGACACGCGCAGUGGCUCCUCGGCCCUCUGGGAGAUCACCUGGGAGCGAAUCGACUGCUUCCUGCCCCGGCUGCGCGACGAGCUCUUCAAGCAGACCGUCAUCCCCGACCCCGUGCCCAGUGUUUCCCUGGAGCCCAAUGCCCAGAAGGUUCUGGCUUCUGCCCACUUGGCGCCUGCUGCUGGAGACACCAGAGCCGUCAACCACCCGCUGCCCCCUGAGACGCCUGCAGAACUGGGGCCUUGUGAUCCGGAGAAGCCGGCCGGCUCGGACUCGGCCUCCAACAGCCUCCCCGGCUCGCCCACGCUGGCCGCCCCAGCCCCUGGCAAGCUGAGCCCCUCCCCGGACGGGCCCACGUCCCUGGCCCAGCCACCGUUGAUCCUGCAGCCUCUGGCUUCCCCCCUGCAGGUGGGCGUGCCCCCCAUGACACUGCCCAUCAUCCUCAACCCUGCCCUCAUCGAGGCCACGUCACCUGUGCCCCUGCUGGCCGCUCCGCGCCCUGCCGACCCCAUGCCCGCCUCCGAGGUCAACUAGGGCCCGGCCGGACCUGAAUGUGGAGCCCCGCCUGCCCGCGCCAACCCGGGCGCCUGCCCCGCAGGCGGCUCCGUUCUUCACACUACACGGGAGCCCGAGCCUGGGCCUGGCCUCUGCCGCCCCCGCCUCUCUCCUUGCAGUCGGGGGAAGGGCACCGCGGUGGGACGAGCGCACCUCAGCGACAAGGACGGGCCUGCCUCCGUCCCCCGACCCGCCGCCCGGGCCCCCCGCCCGCCCCCGACUUCCUGGGAAUUCUGGCCCGGGCCGCACCAAGAGACCACCGGCCGCGGGGCGGGACCGGGCCCACCCUGCGGGGCCCGGGGCCUCGGCGGCGGGGGCCCAGGAUCGGAGCGGCCAUCGCCCUCCCGCCCCACCCGCCCCGGAGCGGGCCCGGCUCCAAGAGCCACGUUGCACUUUGCUUCCCUUUCUCCGCCCGCCCCUUCCCCCGGACCCGAGCCGCUGCUGCCGCCACCAUCUCCGGGCAUUCCUCUUUGAUUGAUUAGCAGUCGAUUGGGGGCGCUAAUUGGGUUGGCGCGAGCGUGUACGUACAGAGAAAUGGGGACAAUGACAAUUGACUUUUUACGAUGAAAUAAAUGUCCUAGAACCAACGUCCUCUAUCCCACCCCA